AUGAUCUGCAAAAAUGUCAAGAGUCGGGAGAUGGCUGAAGAUGAUUUCAGUAUCUUCAUAUCUAUCUCAGCCUCUUCAAAUCUAUCUGUCUCUUCAUAUCUAUCUGUCGAUCUAUCUACCCAUCUAUCUAUCUUAGUCGCUUCAUAUCUAUCUAUCUUUCUAUCUAUCUAUCUAUCUAUCUAUCUCAGUCUCAUCAUAUCUAUCUAUCUAUCUAUCUAUCUAUCUAUCUAUCUAUCUAUCUAUCGAUCUAUCUCUCUCUCUAUAUAUAUAUAUCUAAGUCUUUCCACAUCUAUCUGUCUAUCUAUCUAUCCAUCUAUCUAUCUAUCCAUCUCGAUAAGUUCUAUCUAUCUAUCUAUCUAUCUAUUACAGAGUUCUCCUCUCAAAGUAGACUCUGUGGUUAAAAUCGAAGCUGUUUUUCUCAUGAAUUCUUUUCCAAAUAAAAUUGUACGCACCAACUAUAUCUAUCUAUCUAUCUAUCUAUCUAUCUAUCUAUCUAUCUAUCUAUCUAUCUAUCUAUCUGUCUUUCUCUCGUUCUCGCUUACUUUCUCUCUCUCUCUCACACACACACAGCACAGAUAG